CCACACAAUCCAUUGUUAUCUUUUGCCAGGAUCAGUUUCACUGUUGCCUUCAUCGAAUUGAAUAGACAACCAAUGAAAAUUCUCCGCGUUGAUUGACCCCACCUUGUUCUAUAAUUGAACCCAACCACCAGUAGACGACUUUCAUAUAUUCAAGUCAAUCUUCCUUGCAUUUAUCUCUCUUAUCUCUUGCUUUCUGUCUCACACAAAAGAUAACAAUGGCUAUUGUCGAAGUUUUUGUUGGUGCAAUUCUCACUGUUUUGCUUGAGAAGCUGGCCUCUGGUGAGCUGAUGAAAUUUCUGCGUCGUAUAAGAAUCGAUGACCAGCUGGAAGAAUGGCGUACAACUUUGUCGAUGAUCCAGGCCGUGCUUACUGAUGCUGAAAACAAGCAAACAGGAAACGUAGCUGUGAAAGAGUGGCUGAAGGAUCUGGAAGAUUUGGCUUAUGAUCUUGAAGAUUUAGUGGAUGAGUUGAAUACCGAAGCUCUGCAGCGCAAAUUAAAUGAAAAUAAAGGCAGCACCAGCAAGGUAAGAAAGCUCAUCCCAACCUGUUGUACUAAUCUUUCUUACAAUGAUUUCAAGUUUGAUCGCGGGAUUGCUUCCAAGCUCGAAGAGAUUAGUGGCCAAUUGAAAACUCUAUCCAAAAAGAUAAAAAUUCUCAGAUUAGUGGAGAAUGUGAGAGGGAGGUCUAAUGAAACAUUGCCAACAACUUCGCUCGUGGUAGAAUCGGAAGUUUAUGGAAGAGAGAAAGACAAAGAGGAAAUACUCAAAAUCUUAUUUGGUGUUGAAUCAAAUGAUAGUCAAAUAUCUGUGAUUCCAAUUGUGGGCAUGGGAGGUGUCGGCAAAACAACUCUUGUCAAACUUGUGUUUAAUGAUGAAAGACUGAAGGGCAAGUUUGAUCUUAAGGGAUGGGUUUGCGUUUCAGAUGAAUUUGAUGUUGAAAAAGUAACGAAAAAAAUUCUUGAGUCAGUUUCUUCUGGUGGAAAGUGUGAUUAUGAAAAUUUUGACACGCUUCAGGUCAAACUAAAGGAAAGCCUUUCAAACAAGAAAUUUAUGAUAGUUUUGGAUGAUAUUUGGAAUGAUGAUUAUGGAAAAUGGGACAGCCUAUGCAGUCCUUUUCUUGCUGGAAAACCUGGAAGCACAAUCAUCAUUACCACUCGACAAGAAAGGGUGGCCAAAAUCAUGUCUGAAAUUCCAGCAUACAAUCUGGAUCUGUUAUCAGAGGGCGAUGCUUUAUCAUUGCUAGCUCAACAUGCAUUUGGAGCUAAAACUUUUGACAGUCAUCCAGAUUUAAUAGAGAUUGGUAAGUCUAUGGUAAGAAGAUGUAAGAUGUUGCCCCUGGCAGUAAAGGCCCUUGGGGGGCUUCUUCGCGUGGGAGAUGAUCCUGAAGGAUGGGAAGAGGUGUUGAAAAGUGAGAUCUGGAUGGACGAAGAAAAGAGUGAAAUUCUUCCUGCUCUCAAACUGAGUUAUCGCCAUCUUCCUCCUGAAUUGAAAAGAUGCUUUGCUUACUGUGCUCUAUUUCCCAAAGACUGUGAAUUUGACAAGUUCCAACUAGUGCACUUUUGGAUGGCUGAAGGUCUUCUGCAGGAAUCAAAGAAAAAUAAGUCAAUUGAAGAUGUAGGUAGUCAAUAUUUUGAUGAACUACUGGCUAGAUCAUUCUUCCAACAAUCAAGUGACAAUGCUUCAUGCUUUGUGAUGCACGACCUCCUUAACGAUCUAGCUAUGUCUGUUGCUGGCGAUAAAUGUUUGAGGAUGGAUGGUGCACUGCAGGAAAAUCUUCCUGGUAAGGUUUCUGUAAAUGUCCGUUACUUGUCAUUCAAGCGCAAUGAGUAUGAAACUUACCCUAGAUUUAACUUUCUCGACAAAGUUCCAAAAUUGAGAACAUUUUUGCCACUACCGGUUGAGGUGCAUCGUUUUCACUUAUCCCAAAGAAUUUUGCUUCAACUAUUCGCAAAUUCAUGCUGCUUAAGAUUUCUAUCCUUGAAUGGUUAUGAGAUAUACGAGUUGCCAGAUUCUAUUGGUGAUUUAAGACAUUUACGAUACUUAGGCCUAGCUGAAACUCCGCUGACCUGGUUGCCUGAAUCUGUGUGCACUCUUAUCAACUUACAAGUGUUGAUUCUAAGUGGUUGUAAGAGACUUACCAAAUUACCCACAAGCAUGGAAAAUCUUAUUAAUCUUAGGCAUCUGGACAUUUCUGAUACUGGUGAAUUACAUGAGAUGCCUCGGGGAAUUGCUCAACUAACAAGGUUGCGAACAUUAACUAAGAUGACUGCGACUAAAAAUGAUGGAAUGAGGUUAAAGGAGUUGGGAAAUCUAUCAUUUCUACAAGGUAAUAUUUCUAUUGAGGAAUUGCAAAAUGUUGUGUAUGUUCAAGAAGCAACGGAUGCAAGGCUAAUGGAUAAGACAAGCCUCAACGGAAUAAGGUUGGCAUGGAGCAAAGACUUUGAUGGUUCUCGGAAUAAGAUUUUAGAAUUGGACGUGCUUAAUGCAUUAAAGCCCCAUAAAAACUUAUCAACACUUGAAAUCAUGUAUUAUGGGGGUGAGAAUUUCUCUAAGUGGAUUGGAGAUUCAGAAUUCGCUAAGUUAGCAAAGAUAAGCUUUGAAUUUUGUAAAAAUUGCACGAGUUUGCCACCAUUAGGGCAACUACCUUCUCUAAGAGACUUGAGGAUUCGAGGCAUUGAUCAAGUAAAAGUGAUUGGAACUGAAUUUUAUGGAAAUAGAGGCCAUGGAGAAUUACCUUUUCCAUCACUCACUAGUCUGACUUUUGAGGACAUGCCUAACUGGGAGGAAUGGCAUGGAAUAGAAGGUGUUAUCGAACUUCCUCGGCUACACAAAUUGAAGAUAAAAUAUUGUUCAAAAUUGCUCAGGCUUCAAGAUCUCUUACUACCAUCCCUUCGUGAAUUAAAAGCUAUAGAGUGUAAUAAGGUGGUGCUACAUCAUAUGCAGAAAUUGGAAUCUUUAACUCGAAUACAAUUGACGAACAUUUGUGAAUUAACUUCGAUUAUCAAAGCAUUUGACCAGUUUCCUUCAACACUUGAAAGGUUGAGAGUUUAUGGAUGUAAGGACCUUGCAACUCUAUUGCCAAGUAAUGAUACUGCACAAAACCUUGUCAACCUAUGGGAAGUGGAUGUUGAAAGAUGUCCUCAACUAUCGUCCCUUCAAGAGAUUGAUGUUCUUCCUGGUCUUAGGAGUCUUAACAUAACACAGUGUGGCGCUUUGGUGUUGUUGUCUAAUAAAAUAUCUUUUCUUGAGAAGUUGAAUAUCGGCGCUCCAUCAUUAAAGACGGUGAUGAAGUUACAGGAUUGCAGCACCUCGCUCAAUGAUCUGUCUAUUUCUAGGUGGGUGAAUUUGAAUUUGACAAAUUUACUAGGCUCGGGCCACGAUUACACAAGUCUCACUUUUAUAACCUUAUGGCAUUGUGAUGGUCUAGAGUCAUUUCCCGAUGGAGGCUUGCCCACACCAAAUUUAAGGGGGUUAUCUAUAGGGUGGUGUCGACAUCUCAAAUCUCUACCCGAUCAGAUGGAUCUACUUUCGGCCCUUUUAUUCCUGUGGGUGUCUGGCUGUGAUUCAUUAAUUACACUCUUUCCCCAAGGGGAUAUUCCCCCAAAUCUUACUAAUUUGGACGUGGUGAGUUGUGCUUCGUUAAUGGAACUCUUUCCCAAACAGAAUAUUCCCCCAAAUCUGUCUUACCUUAAUAUCUCAUAUUGCCGGAAACUACGGCCCCUAGGGGAAUGGGGCCUACGCACACUCACCUCUCUUAAUUCCUUUAGAUUUAGUGGAUGUCCAAAGUUGGUUUCCCUCACUAACAAGGCUGACGAAGAACACUUUGUGCUUCCUCCAUCUCUAACUAAGUUGUCGUUGAGCUACCUGCCGAAUCUGGAAACCCUAUCAAAGGGCUUCCAAAGUCUCACCUCUCUUCAACAUUUAUCCAUCGACGACUGCCCAAAGCUUGUGGCAUUGCCUUCGGAAGACCAGCUUCAAAAUCUUUUGAGCCUUAGCAUUAUAUGCUGUACACGUCUUGCGAAACGGUGUUUGAAGAACAAAGGAGACUACUGGCCCAUCAUUGCUGACAUUCCCGAAGUCGAAAUUGAUUUCAAUUCCAUCUACGAUCCAUGUCCAAGAAUUCAGUUACAAGAGUAUGAAUCAAUAUCAGAGCCGAUUUACCAACAAUCGAGUAAUUGAUUGGCUAUGGCGCUAAAAUCAGCCUCUCUUCUCCCCUUGCAUUUUCUCAUUACUUGUAAGAACGCAAGAUGGAAUGAUGGUUCCUCUUCUAUGAGGCCUUCAAGUAAGUCUCUUUUUCGAUUUACUUUCUGCAUUUGCAUUUAAGUGUUUGUGUAAAUGCCGCAGUGAAAUUAUAUGGUAGGAUCUGUGACUGAAGCAAUGCCGCAGUGAAAUUAUAUGGUAGGAUCUGUGACUGAAGCUAUGUUCAGACGUAUAACUUUUCUUGCCUUUAUUAUUUCACAAUUUUAGUAAUAUUUUCUGCUUAUUUCCCGGGUUGCAUAGUAAAAUUGAAUUAUUUUAUCAAAAGAUGGAUAUUGAUCAUCUCUUAGCUUCCCUUUUUUUAAUAUCUUUAUGGAAUUGUUGUAAUAGUAUUACCUCUUUAUGAUCAUUUGAUUGUUGGAAGAUCAUAUGAGGAAUUUCGGGAAAAAUGAUUUUUUUGCGAAAAAAAGGUUUUGUGUGAGUAGGGAAAGAAUAUCUGUCCGUGUGCAUUUAGAUCUGUUAUUCAUAUUGAUAGAUGAUAUUCCAUGUCGACGCGCAUUUCAUAUAGAACAUAUACUCAUCUUGGGUUGUUAGGUACCUGUUGUAGCUUUGCACAUGUGCUCUCCAUAAUGUUUAUUGUUGCAACGUUCAUAUGAUCAGAUGGUUAUUGAUGGUGUUAAAUGUUACUCUUAACUGAUUGCUAAAAUUGAUAGAGUUGAGAUGCGACACUGAUUUUCUCCGAGCUGCCGUAAGUUUUGCCUCACCCCCUUUUUUCACAUUUUGCUUGAUACUCUUGUUAUCUGUGAUUAAUUUUGCAUUGGUAAUAUUAGGCUUGCUGCAAGGAAGGCCAAGAAGAAAAAGAAAGUGAAGGAUCCAAACAAGCCAAAGAGGCCUUCAAGUGCUUUCUCUGGCAAAAGGAGGAAGAUGAUGAGUAAGGACUACCACGGAAAAUUGGAUUCUGGAUUCAAGUGAGGGAACAAGCAUCUCUUCCCUUCCAUUAACUCUGGCAAGAAAAAGAGAGGAAACGCAUGUCUUGGUUUUCCGUUUCUGUAUGCAAUUAUUUAGAGGGAAUCGGUGGAGGAAGAGGAGGUUGAGUGUUUGUAGACCCAUGAGCAACAAAGGCAAACUACAAUAAGAAUUUGAUUUCCAUCUGGUUGUCCAUUUCCAAUACAAGUUUGGGGCUCCAAGUUCAGAUACUCAUAGCUCAAUCAUUUACCGGGUCAAGAAAUUGUUAAUUAUGUCCGUUGCUAUGAGCUUGUGGGUGGACCACCUACAUGGCCCGCUUUGUAUAUAUUUUGUUACAAGCUCCGAUUCACAACUGAUGAUGAUGUGUUGUUUAAAUCAGAUAUGACUUGUACAUGAUUUUUGUUGUUAAGGAGUUGCUGGAAGAGGCCAAACCAACCAUUAUUUAAGAGUAAUCCAAGAAACUACAUUUGUUAAGUGAAGCCAACACUCUGCUGAAGAAAACAAAAAGAUUAUGUCGAUUGAGGAUGAUCGAGUUCACGUUUCACUUCUUAUCCUUCAAUCCCCAUCUCCUUGAGUAAAGAUCAUUUGUUGUAUUACGUGGCUGCCAAACAUUUCAAACACUCCUGGGAACAUUUUAGACGUAAAAUUCUACAUUAUAUGAGGAAUUUCCUUUUUUCCGAACGAAGAAUCACGUAGGCUGUCUUGCCAUUUCCAAGAGUAGUGUGUGUGUGUGAUACUUAAAAAUGAGAUGUUAUUUCUAAGCACUGCUUACCUAUCAGAGUCAAUGUAGAAGUAAGGUAAUUGCCACAUUUUCCAAA